AUGCUUCAAUCCCAUGAUGCAUUUCUUUUAAGUGGGGUUCUUGGUUUAGUCACGAUUCUCUCUAUAAUCUUAAAUUUUAAAACCUUUAAUCCCCACUUCUUUCAUUUUUUUUACUCUUCUUCCCUUUUUAUUCUUCCUUACUUCCUGUCAUCCAUUUCUUUCUUUCUUUUUUAUUCUACAUUUCUUUUUUCUUUCCUUUCAUUCUUCCUUCAUUCAUUCCUUCUAUUUCUUACGUUGUUUCUUUUUCCAUCAUUCCUUCAUUUCUUUCUUUCUUUCUUUCUCUCAUUUUUCUUUCUUUCUUUCCAUUCCUUCCUUUGUUUCUUUCUUUUUCUAUUAUUCCCUCUUUCCUUCUUUUCUUUUUUCUUUCCUUCCAUUCUUACUUCAUUCCUUCCUUCCAUUUCUUCCUUUGUUUCUUUCUUUUUCUGUCAUUCCCUCCGUGUUUCUUUCCUUUUUUCUUUCUAUCAAAUCUUCCUUCUUUCAUUCAUUCCUUUUUUCUUUCCUUCCAUUCUUCCUUCCUUCAUUCCUUCUUUUGUUUCUUUCUUUUUCUAUCAUUUCCUCCGUGCUUCUUUUCUUUUUUCUUUCCUUCCAUUCUUUCUUCUUUCAUUCAUUCCUUUUUCUUUCCUUCCAUUCUUUCUUCUUUCAUUCAUUCCUUUUUCUUUCCUUCCAUUCUUUCUUCUUUCAUUCCGUCCAUUCCUUCUUUUGUUUCUUUCUUUUUCUAUCAUUCCCUCCUUGCUUCUUUCCUUUUUUCUUUCCUUCCAUUCUUCCUUCUUUCAUUCAUUCCUUUUUUCUUUUUUUCCAUUCUUCCUUCAUUCCUUCCUUCCUUUGUUUCUUUCUUUUUCUAUUAUUCCCUCCUUGCUUUCUUCCUUUUUUCUUUCCUUUAAUUCUUCCUUCUUUCAUUCCUUCCAUUCCUUCCUUUGUUUCUUUUAUCUUCUAUCAUUCCCUCAUUUUUUCUUUUCUUUUUUCUUUCCUUCCAUUCUUCCUUCAUUCGUUCAUUCCAUUCCUUCUUUUGUUUCUUUCUUUUCCUAUUAUUCCCUUCUUGCUUCUUUUCUUUUUUCUUUCUUUCAAUACUUCCUUCAUUCUUUCUUUCUUUUUUCUUUUCUUUCAUUCUUCCCUCUUUCAUUCAUUCCAUUCCUUCUUUUGUUUCAUUCUUCUUCUUUUUCUCUCCUCCUUCCUUCCUUCCUUUCUUCUUUCUUUUUUCUUUUCUUCCAUUUUACUUUUUUUCAUUCCUUCCAUUCUUUCCUUUCUUUCUUUUUCUGUCCUCCCUUCCUUCUUUUCUUUUCUUAUCCUUCAAUUUUUCAUUUUUUCAUUCCUUCAAUUGCUUUCUGUCUUUCUUUUUCUAUCCUUCCAUCAAUUCUUCAUUCUUUCCUUCAUUUCUUUCUGUCUUUCUUUCCAUUCUUCUUAUCUUUAUUCCUUUCUUUAUUUCUAUUUUUCUUUUCUUCCUUCAUUCCGUCUUUCUUACCUUCAUUGCUUGAUUCCAUUGUUUCUUUUUUUCUUUUCUUUCAUUCUUCCUUCUUUUUUCCUUCCUUCCUUCCUAUAUUGAUUCUCUCUUCUUGUCUCUCUAAUGUCUUCCACCAUUUCGGAGUUAGCACCUCAGUAUUAUCUGCACCCUCCCUAUAUCUACCUACCUUCGGAAGCCUUUCUCUUGGAGUCUUUUUUCUCCACUGA